ACUAGGUCCAGAUGGGCGUCGCGGGGCUGUGGCGCUGACUUGUGAGGUGCGGCUAGCAAAGUGCUGCGCUGAGGUUUGGCGUUCGGGACCGCGGGAGCCGGGCGAGAGCGGCAGGAUGGCGGCGGCGGCAGCGGCGGCGGGCGAGGCACGCCGGGUGCUGGUGUAUGGCGGCAGGGGCGCGCUGGGCUCGCGCUGCGUGCAGGCCUUCCGGGCCCGCAACUGGUGGGUGGCCAGCAUCGAUGUGGUGGAGAAUGAAGAGGCCAGCGCUAGUGUGGUUGUUAAAAUGACAGACUCAUUUACGGAGCAGGCUGACCAGGUGACUGCCGAGGUGGGGAAGCUCUUGGGUGACCAGAAGGUGGAUGCGAUUCUCUGUGUGGCUGGAGGAUGGGCCGGGGGCAAUGCCAAAUCCAAAUCUCUCUUUAAGAACUGUGACCUGAUGUGGAAGCAGAGCAUGUGGACGUCCACCAUCUCCAGCCACCUGGCCACCAAGCACCUGAAGGAAGGAGGCCUCUUGACCUUGGCUGGUGCCAAGGCUGCCCUGGAUGGGACUCCUGGGAUGAUUGGCUACGGCAUGGCCAAGGGUGCUGUCCAUCAGCUGUGCCAGAGCCUUGCAGGGAAGAACAGCGGCAUGCCGGCCGGGGCUGCUGCCAUCGCCGUGCUCCCGGUUACCCUGGAUACCGCAAUGAACAGGAAAUCAAUGCCUGAGGCUGACUUCAGUUCCUGGACACCCUUAGAGUUCCUGGUUGAAACUUUCCAUGACUGGAUCACAGGGAAAAACCGGCCAAGCUCAGGAAGCCUAAUCCAGGUGGUAACUACAGAAGGAAAGACGGAGCUCACCCCUGCAUAUUUUUAAGCCUCAUCUUGGUGCCUGGGAGGGACUUCAUCGAAACAUCACUAACUCAUCUCUGGCUAUGUCUGGCCCCAUGUUUUCUGUAUUCCUGUUUGUCUCUCACCUCAUGUUCCUUUGCUGACCAGGGGUAGUGUGGAGUCUAUGGGAAAUGAGUGGAGGCCAGAGGGUGGCACUGUCAAGUCAGUGCUGUGGGCAUGAGGAGGUGCCUGGGUGGGCUGUCUGCAUGACGUCUUUGCUGGAUUGUUUCAAGACCUUUCUGAUAGAUAAUUCACUCAUUUGUUGGCAUUAAGGUGUUUUGAGGGCCAACUUGUUUUUGAAUUUUGUGUUGAUGUCUUAGGUGUAGUUUUUGUGGCCUCAAAUUGAACUGCCUUAAAACUUUUUUUGUGAACAGGAUUUCAUCAACAAAAUCCUGUCAAGUGUGUUGUGAUUUCCUUUCCUUGUGCCGUUGCCGAGUAUCCCCAGCAUGCAAGGAUGUGUGUGGAGUGGUUUUCCUAAUAAAUAUACUUCAUAUA